ACGAAAGAAUAAUAAAGGUGGCGCGGAAGAAAUGCCGAGAACGUGGAGUAUAGUAAAAGGAAAUAGUAUUGAUGGUAAUGAGUAUACGUUACGUGAAAAAGAUGUGAAAACUAUAAAAGAUCGAAUGUUGAUAAUGAAAGAUUUGGUGUUGAGACGGGAAACAAACCUUUCUAGAACUAGACCGUUCUUUGUAUUAAAAGACGAGUAUGUAGAUAUUGAUGGCGAUGAAAGUGAGGGAAUUAAUAGUUCUAGUGACGAAGAAACAUGCAUCAAUUUUUGA